GGCCACCGAACUCUGGUCGAAAAGGUGAGUUGAGAUCUGUUGUAUGUUGUGUGUGCAUGUGUGGGAGUUCCUCUGUUUGUAUGAAAGGGGUAAAGAGAGAGCAAGGGACGUGACAAUUUCUUCUGACACGAUUUGGCUCCAUUUGACAUGUGCAUAGUCCAUAUUUGCACAAUUCAAAAGUACCACUCCAGGGGCUGUUUUUGUUCCCUUUUUUUCCUUUUUUGCAUGUUUGCUCACGAACUGAGCUUCUUCUAAAUGAACAAAUUCAGGUUGUGCGGUGACAGAUUUAAAGAUGGGGAUCACUGACAGAUCUGAAUUUAAAAAGGACAAAAUACUGGUACAUGUUUUGAUAAUCUUAUUUCUAAAUGUGCCCUUCAUCCUCCGUACAUCUCAAAUCUUCGAAUAAGGUACAGUGGUAACAUUUUUUUUUUACUGAAGCACUACUUCUGAAAUUUCACAGGGAAUAUGCUUCACAGUUUUCAAUUAGUAGAAAACAUUGACCCUGAUCCAAGAAUAUAUUAGUACAUAUAUCCAUAUAUUAGUCUUAAGGUUAUUCUGUAGUAAUUAUUUUGAUUGCUUGUGACAUUCUUGUUUAUACUAUUGGUUAAAGCCAGUGCAGAAAAGGACUACUUAAGGCACGAGUCAGCAAGUUGCUGCUUGAUUUAGUGUGUUUUCAAUAGUCAUAAUUUACCGCACACUGUGCAGGCUUGGAUUAAUAGCAAGGCCAGUAAGUUAUUAGUGUUACUGACUCAAGAGAUUAAGAUAAAAAGGGAAAAUUUGGACAACGGUCAUUUUGAUAUUACAAGAAAAUCUUUUUAUGUACAGUUUAAUCAAAACAGGUCAUUUUAACCCUCAAAAUGUUUUCAAUAAUCUGACAUGUGAUCUGAUUCAAGGAUUCGACUAUACUGUCUGUUGAAUGACCUCCAAUCAGUUUUUCUGUUGUUUGCUUUUGACCGAAUUAUUUCUCAAGGAAUGUUCCAGAUGCUCCAAAGCUGCACACUGGUGAGUAUCCUAGGCAGCUGAACCCACAGCAUUAGAUAACAUCCAUCACUUCUUAGACAUUGACUCUUUCAGCUUGUCUGAAUAUUGAAUUACCCGUAAAUUAAUGAAUAAAAACAACAACAAAAGACUGAAAAUAUUAAUGAAGUCGACUUUGUCACAAGAUAGGCUUUACUAUUCACUACAGAUUUUGUUUUUGUCUCUGACACAGGUAAAAGAGAGCAGACACCUUGCUGUCAUGGUAUUACAGCCGUGGAUAGAUGUUAAAACAAAGUGGGAAGCUGUAUAUUGUUAAAGUCCUGCUUUAGUCCUUACAAGUCAUCUGUUAUACAGAAAGUUUUGCCAUGGCGAAAACUCAAAUGGACUAAGUAUUGCAUGAGGCAUGACUCUCCUAGUUCUUCCUCAUUCCAGUGAGCGGAGAUGUAUUAAUAUGCCGAUGAGUUCCACCUAAAUCCCAUCUGAACAGCUCCUCAGACUCUCCUCUCACACCUCAAAACUCACUGCUGUGUCUGAGAUAUAAUGAGCGAACAUCAACAAAUAAUGAUCGGGGCCGCAAAGUCCCACUCUGCAAAGGGGAAAAAAAAGAAAGAAAAUCAGAUGCUUUUCACAAAAGAUGCAUGAACUGCAUGGAAGACGGAAAGUCUUGUGUCUCUAGGCUUGUUUUUGACCUUAUUUGGGUUGCGGUGUCGUUUGUGGCUUUUUCUCCCGGUGUGCGUGAAUUGCAAACCAGAGAAUGACAGAAAUAUAGAAGUUCUAGAAAAGUUCAAAGUAACAUCCCACAUUCCAUGUGCCAGGCAUAGGUGGCUAAGUUAUUAUGGACAUAUAAACUCAGUGGCAAACCCGGCCGUUUAUUUUUUAAAUGGCCGAGCAGCAGAGACACUGUUCGCUGAGUAUGAAACCUAGGUCAGAUGGUUGCUCUUCUCAUGGCUUCCUGUGAGAAGCUUGGAAAAAAAGGGACCUUAAAGAUGUUACUGCUUUACCUCUGCUGCCCUCUUUGAUGAAUGAUUGGAAAUGCACCGGUCUUUCGGAUAAAAUCAAGCUGUUUAUGAGUUUGUGAAGUGACUCGGGAAGACUGCGGGCUUGUUUCUGCUCUUUUGGUCAUUUAUCAACAGGACACCGCGAGAUCGUCAAAUAACCCAAAUCUGCUUUGGGUUUUAGGCUAGCGUCUAUGAAAGAGACAUUUAAACGUCCAGAGUCGGAUUUAAAAUCCACCAAAGUCAGCUGCCUUAAGGAAAGUUCUGGAAAAGGUCAGGUGGUAGACUUUCAGCUGUAUAAGAUCCAAUGUCCAGUUCGUCAGCUUAUGGCGAGGCCAUCAUUUAGCUUACUCUGCAGACAUUUACUAUAGCAGAGCCUGGAUGUAAUGGAGUCUGGGCUCUUGUUCAGGUAUAACUGGGUUUAUUCCGAAAACCAGUUCAGGAAUCACGGCAGUUGUAAGUCACACCUGCAAGGCGACCGGUCGGGUUCGGUGCGAUUGCGAGGUGGACGCCAUCACGGGCAGCCUGGUCAUGUAGGUGUGGGAGUGCCUUGCUGUUGCACAUGUGGGUGGACGUCCUGUGUUUUUUUUCUGUUAUUCCAUCUGUCUACCUGUCUAUUUUUCUGUCUGUUUCACUUGGCCGGGCCAUGUGCAAAUCCCAACCAUUCAACAGUUCUGGAGAGUAGAUUGUAUUAACCUCAAUAAUGGUAGUCUCUUUCCGUUUCUUUCUCACCCUCAACCCAGACGACGGCUCCAAGCCCACGCCCACCAUGGAGACCCACAUCCCCCCCGAGGGUGACGAGAUAACUGCUCCAACGUUAUGGAUUAAACACCUGGUUUACAAGGAGAACAAGCAGAACAGCUCCACGGCCAGAAAGCAAGAGAAAGUGCCCUCUUGCGACCAGGAGAAACAGAACGCCCUGGACGAGGCCCGGCAGAGUCCUCGCGAGGACAUCUUCAUCCCGGACUGUGGGCCAGGAGGCCUUUAUAAAGCAGUCCAGUGCCACCAGUCCACAGGCUACUGCUGGUGUGUUCUGGUGGACACGGGGCGGCCCAUUCCUGGAACCUCCACACGGUACAAGACGCCAGAGUGUGACGGGAGUGCACGAUCACGCAUCACAGACACGGAAGACCCCUUUCAUGACAGAGACCUGACAGGCUGCCCAGAGGGGAAGAAAGUGGAAUUCAUUACAAGCUUAUUAGAUGCCCUCACCACAGAUAUGGUGCAAGCCAUAAACUCACCAGCCCCCUCUGGUGGUGGGAGGUUUGUUGAGCCUGACCCCAGUCACACUUUGGAGGAGAGAGUGGUGCACUGGUACUUUGCCCAGCUGGAUAACAACGGUAGCCACGAUAUCAACAAGAAGGAAUUAAAGCCUUUCAAGAGGUACCUGAAGAAGAAAGCCAAACCUAAGAAAUGCGCCCGCAAGUUCACCGACUACUGUGACCUGAAUAAGGACAAAGCUAUUUCCCUGCAGGAGCUGAAGGGCUGUCUGGGCGUCAGCAAGGAGGGUAAGAGAGGAAGCUUCCGAAGAACUGAGGAAGAGAGCGGUUGA